ACUCCGGUCCGAUUUGAAAACAUUCCCAGUAUGGCAACAAGGAAGGAAGCGGGCGUCGAUGAUAUCCAUUGACUUACGUGCAAUUGGAGCAGAGUCUAUGUUCAAAUACCAACACUGAAAACAAAAGCAACCUUGAAGCUGGAGCUGAGGCUGAAUCGCUAUGUUCGCCAAGCGCCUUAUACAGAAGGCUACGCAGCAUCAUCUUCAUCAUCAUCAACAUCAUCAACAUCAAGAUCAUCAUCAGCCGAAUGAACAACAUAGCAGUGUGGCAUUAACAGACUUAGAUCUGCGAAUUGCUAUUCACUAUGGUAUCCCAUCAACUGCAUCAAUCCUGGCUUUUGACCCCAUUCAGCGCCUCUUAGCCAUUGGGACACUUGAUGGUAGAAUAAAAGUGAUUGGUGGUGAUAAUAUUGAAGGACUUUUCAUAUCCCCAAAGCAAUUACCUUACAAAUACCUAGAGUUUCUACAAAACCAGGGUUUUUUAGUCAGCAUCUCAAAUGAUGAUGAGAUUCAGGUCUGGAAUCUGGAGAGACAAUGUAUUUCUUGUUGUUUACAUUGGGAAUCCAAUAUUACUGCUUUCUCAGUAAUCAGUGGCUCCAACUUCAUGUACAUUGGAGAUGAGUAUGGUUCAAUUUCCGUAUUGAAGUGUGAAGCUGAUGAUGGAAAGCUUCUGCAGUUGCCAUAUAAUAUUUUUGCAAAGUCCAUAAGUGAAGCAGCUGGGUUUUCGUUUUUUAAUCACCAACCCGUCAUUGGAGUUCUUCCCCAGCCUUGUUCUUCUGGGAACAGAGUAUUGAUUGCAUAUGAGAAUGGGUUGAUCAUUCUUUGGGAUGUUUCUGAAGCUCAGAUUAUUGUUGCUAAGGGUGAUAAGAAUCUUCAGUUGAACAAUAGAGCUGUUGAUUCUCCAAGUGAAGCGGAUAGUAAUCUGCCAGACGAUGCAUCUGAACAACAUCUAGAAGAGAAAGAGAUCAGUGCUCUUUGUUGGGCUUCUUCUGAUGGGUCUAUUCUUGCUGUGGGAUAUAUAGAUGGAGAUAUUUUGUUUUGGAACCUAUCAAGUGCAGCCUCUACUAAAGGCCAACAAACUGGAUCUUUAGGCAAUAAUGUUGUUAAGCUCCAACUAUCAUCUGCUGAAAGGAGACUCCCUAUCAUUGUCUUGCACUGGUCCACAAGUAAUAAACCCCAUAAUGAUUGUGAUGGCCUUCUUUUUAUUUAUGGUGGUGAUGCAAUAGGAUCUGAAGAAGUUCUGACGAUUUUGAGUCUUGAAUGGUCAUCUGGAGUGGAGACUUUAAGAUGUGCUGGACGUGUGGAGCUUACACUUGUUGGCUCAUUUGCAGACAUGAUUUUGUUACCAACUGCUGGGGCUACAGGGAUUAAUCAGAAUGCUUCUCUAUUUGUAUUGACAAACCCUGGACAACUGCAUUUUUAUGAUGAUGCUAGCUUGUCUGCCUUAAUAUCUCAGCAAGAAAGGAAAUCAUCUCUCUCUGCUGUGGAAUUUCCUGCUGCUGUACCUACAUCUGAUCCACAUAUGACUGUGGCAAAGCUCAGUUUUCUACACACAGGUGGAAACUCAUCAAAGGCUUUGUCAGAGAUAGCAUCAGUUAUGAAACAUGUCUCAACACCAACCCUGACUGGACGUGCAAAGUGGCCAUUGACUGGUGGUGUGCCUAGUCAAUUAUCUUUUGCUGAGGGCAAAAGGGUGGAGAGAGUGUAUGUAGCAGGUUAUCAAGAUGGGUCUGUUCGGAUAUGGGAUGCCACAUACCCCGUCCUGUCACUAAUUUGUGUUUUAGAAGGCGAGGUACAGGGUAUAAAAGUGGCUGGUUCAAGUGCCUCAGUGUCAAAAUUGGACUUUUGCCACUUAACAUUAAGCUUGGCUGUUGGCAAUGCUUGUGGUCUGGUUCGUGUUUAUGACCUAAAUGACAAUUCAGAUAAGACAAGCUUCCACUUUGUUACAGAAAGUAAUCAAGAAGUUCAUGUCUUGCCUCAACAGAAAGGGCCUCAGUGUAGAGCUGCCUUUUGUCUUCUCAAUUCCCCAAUUCAGGCACUAAAAUAUACAAACAAGGGAGGCAAGCUUGCAGUAGGAUUUGAAUGUGGUCAUGUUGCAGUGCUUGAUAUGAAUUCACUAUCAGUCCUGUUAUCAAUGGACUGCAUAUCUGGCUCUAGCUCUCCAGUCAUUUCAAUUAUUUGGAAAGCCAUUACAAACAAUCAUACCCUUGUGAAAAGCCCUAAGCACUCUGAAUCAGAAAUUUCUAAUGAUCCUCCAAAAGAAUUAAUGUUCAUCUUGACCAAGGAUUCAAAGGUUGUUGUUAUUGAUGGUAGUACUGGUAACAUGAUCAACUCUGGGCCAAUGCACUUGAAAAAAGAAUCAACUGCGAUUUCCAUGUAUGUUAUAGAGGACAAUGUUCCAGUAUCUGGAUCAUCAAAUGAAAAGCAGCUACAAUCAUCCAAUGAGGCUCCUACCAAGAAUGAGCCUGUGCAAGACACUGUUCCAGUUGGAAUUAACUCCCCUGGCUCCUCUUCAGAAACUAUGUAUUCUGGGGCAAGAUUAUUGGAUUCACAUGUUUUGCUAUGUUGUGAAAAUGCACUGCGAUUAUACCCUACAAAAUCUGUGAUUCAAGGGGACAAUAAACCCAUUUGUAAAGUGGAACUUGCAAAACCUUGUUGUUGGACUACAAUCUUCAAGAAAGAUGAGAAAGUUUAUGGACUGAUGUUACUUUAUCAGACUGGAGCAAUUGAAAUCAGAUCUUUGCCAGAUCUAGAAGUGGUCAGUGAAAGCUCCUUGAUGUCAAUUUUGAGGUGGGCCUUCAAGGCAAACAUGGACAAGACAAUCAGUUCUUCUCAUGAUGGGCAGAUUGCACUGGCAAAUGGGUGUGAGUUGGCUUUUAUCUCUCUAUUAGCAGGUGAAAAUGGUUUCAGGAUUCCGGAAUCUUUUCCUUGUCUCCAUGAUAAAGUUCUUGCAGCUGCUGCAGAUGCUGCCAUCGGUCUCUCUUCAAACCAGAAGAAAAAGCAGGGAACUGCUCCUGGGGUUCUGAGUGGUAUUGUUAAAGGCUUUAAAGGAGGAAAGGUGAUCCAUAAUGUGGAUCUUUCUGCAUCUGCUAAGUCUAAUUUUGCACACUUAGAGGACAUAUUUUUGAGGAGUCCAUUCCCAGACCCAUCUCCAACUGCUACGGAUAAUCAGGAAGUUGUGGAGCUUAACAUAGAUGAAAUUGAAAUAGAUGAUGAACCUUUACCUGUGGCAUCUACCUCUUCCCGAAAAGUGAAAAAUCAUAAGAAAGAGAAGGGAACUGAAAGAGAGAGAUUAUUUCAAGGCACAACUGCUGAUAUUGAGCCCAGAAUGAGAACACGUGAAGAAAUUAUAGCUAAAUACAGAAAAACAGGAGAUGCCUCUUCAGUGGCUGCACAUGCAAGAGACAAGCUUGUGGAGCGGCAGGAAAAACUAGAGAGAAUUAGUAAGCGCACCGAAGAGCUACAAAGUGGAGCAGAAGACUUUGCAUCAUUGGCAAACGAGCUUGUCAAGGCAAUGGAAGGGCGAAAAUGGUAUCAGAUAUGAAAGCGGGUUGGCAUAUUCUGCGUGGGCUUAUGGUUCAUGGUAUAGUGUAAUUUGUUCUGUCUUGGGGUCAAGAGGGGAUUCCUUGGGUUACCUCAUGAUUUAUGUUCCUGUGGAUCACGGAUGAUGAAAUCCACUCCAGGAUGCUGUACAGAUCAACCAGCUGCAGAUCCUUGUAAUUGGAUGUGUUUUAGGUACAUCAUGUUACUGGAAUGUCAUGCCACUGGGACAUUAGGCUGAUAUCCACAUUUCGAUUGUUUGCCCUGCCAAAUUAUUGAUAUUAUGAGGUGUGCCAUUUUCCUUUUUACUCCUAUUUUGCCGCUGCAGCGGUGUAUUUAUGUACCUGAUUUUUUGCCAAUAUGCAAGAGAAAAAGGGUUUUAAACUUUGCAGUUC